AAAAAAAGUAAAGGAAAACUCCCCCACUGCCUCCUACUCCCUCUGCUCUUCAGCUUGUCCACAGCCGAUCCUCCUUCAUCCAAUUACAAACCCAUAUCAAAAAAAUACCAACCAUCGCAAUCGAGAAGAAGGAUGAAUAGGAUGGGGCACCGGAAUCGCCAACGAUGAAGGGUCUGAGAGAGCACAAAGAUGGAUCGGGAGAGGGAAAAGACAGGCCGACGACUAGGCGACAUCCAAUUCCGGCAUCACCUGCCGCUCUCUGGUUUUUCCGGUCGCCCGAGCUCCGCAGCCACUCUUUCCUUUCUCUUUUUCUUUGUAAAAUCGACUCACACCCCUACCUUCUUCAUUUCUACCUUAGCAGAAGCUUGGAUUUCUCUUGCGGUCAUAUCCAGAGCAAGAGCAUACCCUGAGAGAAAGCAUUACCAGAUCUGAGUCCCUCUCUCAUCAUAAACAAAAAUCCGAAUUUCACAGAGACGAGAAAAGAACUUGCAUCAAACCUCCGACGGAAUCCAUGGCAGAAUCCUCUGUCACAUCGCGUGACGGCGUUAGAGGCGGCCAGGAGGAGGAUGUGUUGUCGGCGGCGGAGGUGAGGAGAGAAGACG